GUAAUAACGAUGAGUGCUGGAAGGGCACAACUCUCAAUGCAACUUACAGAUGAAGAGCCCCCUCGUGUUGUUUGUGCGUGGGAAAUGCACAAUUCUUAGGAUAGCUGACACAACCCUCACAAACUGAAACAGGCCCAAAAAAGCCCAAGUGAAAAUCCAAACUAGCAUGUUCUGAGACCACAGACCUCCACUGAGGUCCUUGUGAGGAGCUAUUACAAACAGUAAUUUUGGUCAUUCUGUUCCGAGUCAGCAUUGUCUACUGUACAAAUUGAUAACAGUUGUUUACUAGGACAGCAGAGUUUCUCUCUGCAAGCUAUAUUUUACACUUUGCACGGCUUCGGUUGGAUUUUCAAUUGGGACAUAUUGACAUGUAUUUUAUCUUAAAAUACCAGGGAUGUUAUUUGUCUGUCAUAUUCCUGUGUAAAUGAAAUGACAUGAGCAUUAACACGUCAUCAUCUAUGAGUGCAAGCUUCCCUUUUUUACCUUCAACCAUCGAUUCGAUAUCUGAGUCUAUUUUUCGACAGUAUUGAUACUGUGACUGAAAGUCUUCCCCCGUGGUUGAUUUUGUUAUUGUAAUGAUGAGCUGAAUUUUGGUGCCGUCUAGCAGCUUGAAGGCAGAACUGAAAACAAAAAAAAGAAAAUUAAAGUGUCAUAAGCAAAAAUAGAAUUCUUAAUGCUGAUAAAUGGGUGAUUUUAUUUGUGAGACGUGCAGCUCUUCUGGGACUACAUUAUCUCUGUGGAGGAAAACUCAUUUUAACCACCGGAUUACAGAUUAUUUAGGUGGCUCACUUAAACAAAAAAAGUUCCCUAUUUUCUUAAUCACAUUGUGCAACACCUUUAAAAGCACUUUUUCUUGCAGGGGUCGUAUCAUUGAUGUAAUGUGCUAAAUGAUACAGUGAAACAUUUUCAGGAUUCAAAUGGCCCAAAAACAUACCUCUAUUACAUUUCAGACUUGUAUAUUUCCUUACAAUCUAGUAAAGAUUCAUAUUUGUUCACAGCCGAUUCUCACCAGUGGAGACUUGUCCACUCGCACAAACAGGAAAUGGUGUAAUGAACCAAUAAGUUUCCCCCCAGUAUGUAAUCUCUGUAAACAUGAGCGCAUAACAAUGUGACCCACUACUACAAAAACAUCCUGUGUCUGUGACAAAAGAAGGCACUUCACCAGCGUGGGCACAUGUUUUGUCAAUCAGCCUCUUUUUCUGCUCAGUGUUGGCAUUCCCAUACCAGUCGGGUGACCGGGAGUGGUCAUGUGGUCACAUCCCAAUGGGUGACAGUCAGUAAUGAAUUAUGCCAUCGCUGGCCACAAGCCUGUUACACUGGACUCCAUGUUGGUGCCUCUUGAGUGUCUCUUUCCAUCAGCUUCACUGCGUAUUUGCUUCCCUGAGAGCAGAUGGCAGCUUCCCUCUAGACAUCACAUUUGAUCAACGUUGGCUGAAUGAGAGCUUGCUUGUGUCAGUGUGCUCAGGUGGGAUGUGGCAGGAUGCCUUAUUGAGACCCAAUCUGCUAUUUGGUAAGAUAAAAUAUCGCAGGUAGAAAAACUGCAACACUUCAGCCCCCUCACAAUAUUGCAUCACCUUCAAAAGCUUACAUUCACCUUCAAUAAAACAAACACAUUCACACAUUCAUGUUACCAACAUGAUACAUGGCUGUAUUGUCCUCCAAUUGAGGGCAUUAAAAUAAGAGUUUUCACUUGAUUCUUUUUCAAUUAAUCCAGUGUGGAAGUCAAUUUCUCCAGUACCUGUGAAUGAUGUGAUGCAAUGUUAGUAAAGUUUUUAAUAUGGCUUCCUUUUGGGACUUGAACGAAAAUGCCAACAGUGCAUUUCUAACAAUAAUGUAUCUGUGGAUGUCAUGUGACAUCAUUUAUUAUUCAUGCACAUUGCAAUUGUACUUCCAGGAAAUCUCAUUGGCGUCUCAGAUAUCAGGUCAGACCUAUAAGAAGGACACAGUGAACCCCACUACCUCCCACAGCAGGCAACAUGUGUCGACUACACAUGCUCUUCUGAGGAGUCACUCACACAAGACUCAGCCAGUCUGAAGGUGUCCUCAUCCUGCACGCCCGCUGAGCUGAUGGAGCAUGCCGUGAGGAAGUGGCUGACCACCCAUGGACCUGAGGAGGAGGUGUGGAAGGGGCAACACGUUCUGAGGGUCAGCCACUGCCUGGAGUUCCUCUGUGGAGACCACCCUCUCAGUCAGUACAAGUACAUCCGUAGCUGCGUGCAAUCCAAGGAGCCUCCACACCUGACGCUGGUCCACACAGACACAGUCAAGGCCAUGUUCGACAAGGAGAUGGCUGCCAUCGGAGCCGUCGUCACCCGCAAGUCCUCCAAUCCCCUCCCUUUCCCGCUACCUCCCAAGAAGAGAGCCCCCACGCAAGCGCAGACGUGCGUGUGGAACGUGUCGAGCCCAUUUAAGAUAGCUCUGGUGAAAGGCAGCAAGGUGAACGCAGAGGAGACUGCCAAGGUCCAGGUGAGGGCCGGGCUCUUCCAUGGAACAGAGCUGCUGUGUAAAACGGCCGUGAGCAGCGAGAGCAGUGGGCGUGCCGAUCACACGUGGAAAAACAACACGCUGGAGUUUGAUAUAUCUGUGUGUGACCUGCCGAGAAUGACCCGCCUCUGCAUCGCCAUCUACGCCGUCAUGGACAAGGUCAAGAAGCAGAAGUCCACCAAAAACGCACAUUCGAACAAAUACCAAACCAUACGCAAAGCAGGAAAAGUGCACUACCCUAUCGCCUGGGUCAACACCAUGGUGUUUGACUACAAGGGCCAACUGAAGACUGGGGACAUUAUCCUUCACUGCUGGUCUUCAUUUCCUGAUGAACUUGAAGAGAUGCUCAACCCCAUUGGAACCAUUCAGACCAACCCGUACACUGAGAACGCCACGGCGCUGCACAUCCAUUUCCCAGAGUACUCGUCACAUCCCGUCAUCUUCCCUCCGUUCGACAAGAUACUGGAGAAAGCUGCCGAGAUCGUCAAAGCCAGCGACUGCAUAUCGUUGGGUCGCGGAGGAAAGAAAUUCCACAUUGAGUUGAAGGAGAUAAUGGAGCGGGACCCACUGUCUCAGCUGUGUGAGAACGAGAAGGACUUGAUCUGGACACUACGCCAUGACUGUUGGGAGAAGUUCCCUCAGUCGCUGCCCAAACUGCUGCUGUCUGUCAAGUGGAGCAAACACGAGGACAUGGCCCAGUUACAGGCGCUGCUUCAGAUCUGGCCCAAACUGAGUCCCAGAGAUGCUCUUGAACUUCUGGACUUCAACUACCCCGACCAGUAUGUGCGGGAGUAUGCUGUGCGCUGCCUGGCGGCCAUGAGUAACGAGGAGUUGUCGCAGUACCUCCUGCAGCUGGUACAGGUGUUGCGCUACGAGCCGUACUACGACUGCGCCCUGACCCACUUUCUGCUGGAGCGUGCCCAGGCCAACCGCAAGAUUGGGCAUUUCCUCUUUUGGCACUUGCGGUCAGAGAUCCACAUGCCGGCGGUCUCAGUCCAGUUCGCCCUCAUUUUAGAGGCCUACUGUCGGGCCAGCAUUCCUCAUAUUGAGGUUCUAAAGAAACAGGUGGAAGCCCUGAACAAACUGAAGUCCGUCAAUGAACUGAUCAAGCUGGGAACCAUCAAGAACCCUCGCAGUAAAACCAAGGAGGCCAUGUUGACCAAGGAGGCCAUGAGGACUUGUCUGAGCCAGACCGGCUAUUCAGAGACUUUGUCCAACCUGCACUCUCCUCUCAACCCCAACAUCCUGCUGUCGGGCAUCAACGUGGAGAAGUGUCGGUACAUGGAUUCCAAAAUGAAGCCACUCUGGAUUGUUUACCACAACAAGCUGAUGGCAGGAGACUCCUUAGGGAUCAUCUUUAAGUACGGAGACGAUCUGAGACAAGAUAUGUUGACACUCCAAAUUCUGAGGUUGAUGGACAUGCUUUGGAAGGAGGCCAAUCUGGAUCUCAGGAUUGUACCAUAUGGUUGCCUAGCGACGGGCGACCGAGCGGGACUGAUAGAGGUGGUGUCAUCAUCUGACACCAUUGCCAACAUCCAGCUGACCAGCAGCAAUGUAGCUGCCACUGCCGCCUUCAACAAAGACGCUCUGCUCAACUGGCUCAAAGAGAGGAACACUGGUGACGCUCUCGACCGCGCCAUUGAGGAGUUCACGCUGUCAUGUGCAGGCUACUGUGUAGCCACCUAUGUCCUGGGCAUUGGAGACCGCCACAGUGACAACAUCAUGGUCCGCAGCACCGGGCAGCUCUUCCACAUAGACUUCGGCCACAUUCUUGGCAACUUCAAGUCCAAGUUCGGCAUCAAGAGGGAGCGUGUUCCAUUUAUCCUCACUCACGACUUUAUCCACGUCAUUCAGCAGGGAAAGACCGGCUACACCGAGAAGUUUUGCAGUUUCCGUCAGUAUUGUGAAGACGCCUAUCUGGUGUUGAGGAGGAAUGGAAACCUCUUCAUCACGCUGUUCGCUCUCAUGCUUACUGCUGGCCUGCCGGAGCUCACCUCGGUUAAAGAUAUCCAGUACUUAAAGGAUUCUCUGGCGCUGGGCAAGACGGAUGAGGAAGCCCUGAAACAGUUCCGGCAGAAGUUUGACGAGGCCCUUAGGGAGAGCUGGACCACCAAAGUCAACUGGAUGGCUCAUAACGUUGCCAAAGACAACCGCUCAUAGAGUCUGUGACGGCCCCGGCCACCGGGGGGGCGUCAAGAGGAUACGGUGCAAGGGGCGUCGAAGGGACGACAUAAAUUAAAGAAGGGAAUGGGCUCAACACACAAACAGUUGGAAUUCUCUCUACUAACCCCCAGCUCUCUGAGGUUGGUGGUCCAGGGCUGUGGACAUCCGUGUGGUGGGGAAAGUUGCUGCAUGUUUUGCACAGGAGAUGAAGGAGCGGGCGACCAGUGGACCUGAAUCUCCCAGGCUGCCUACUACUGACCCAUCAAGUGGACUUGAACUUGCAUGGACGGUUCAAAAUGCUGAUGCCACCUGAGUCCUAUGAUGACUCGGAAACGGCUCUGCUGCCUUCGAGUGUGCCUCAGAACUGCGAGAAGAUUUCUCUUUUGCCAUGUAAGAUUUUGUCGUCUGACUGUCACGUGCCAGACUACUUCAGAGGGAAUCACUCGCCUUCAUCUUAAACACUGGACAUCUCUUCAACACACGCACAAGACUUUAAAAUGUGCUCAAACCACCUGUGUGCUUCCUGUAGCUCCCAAAAUAUCAAGCAGAGAUUGAACAGAGACACUGUGAUUCUUCUGGCCAGCGAUGAGGACCAAAACAAAUCGUGCUUUUAGUGAUCGAACGUCUCUGACCUGAAUGUGCUAACACUCUUUGAAAGGGUCUUAUUUUUGAUAUGAGUGCACAGUGGGCUGGAGUGGGCGGGUCUGACAGUCACCGCAUCUCAAACCCUGCUCCUCAGUCAUCUACCACCGUCAAUGUUUUUAUUUGGUGUGCAAUAUCUGUCAGAGCCUUUCAUGUUCCGUACGAUGCAGCUGUAGUUUCACCGCUCGCCACCCUAAAGUGUCAGACACUGGAUAUUGUCAAAUGUACAGGCUUUUACUGUUCUGCUGUUUUUGUUUUUGGUUUUAUAGGAGUUUUAUUAAAGUUAUUUUUC